UAUUUUUAUUUAUUGAUUUUAAAUUGCUAAAAAUGGCAUUUAAACAAUUUGAAUGUUCAGCACAAAUGUUUAUAGAAUCAGUGACAAGUGGCGUAAGUGUUUGGAUUACAGCAGCAUUGACAUUUGAGCGAUGUGUAGUGAUAUUUAAAACGACGAAAUGUCGACAGCAACAACGGAAACGAGCAAUUAUUUGUAUUAUUGCUAUUAUAUCGUUUAGUCUUUUUGUUAAUUUACUUUUUUUAAUGCCCGGAUAUUAUAGAGAAAGAUUGUUCAAUAACCGGACAAUUACUAUUUUUUGUCUUUAUGGAACUGAUGAUUUGGUUGAUAGUAAUAGUUCGAUUAUAACUGGUCAAAUCAAAUUUUAUUAUACAUUGUCCACUGUUAUUUUCCGUACUGUAAUUCCGUUUAUUCUUCUGUUAGUGGCGAAUAUUGUUCUAUUCAUAUGUUUAAGAAAAUAUCGAACAACGCACACUUUUAAUCGUUAUUCAUUUACAUCAUCGAAAACAAAACAAUCUCCAUUAAUCGUUAUGAACACUAAACAAUCAGUGAUAAGAAAGCACGUUCAUUCAAACUAUGCAACCCUUACGUCAACGACUAUAUCAAACUCAAAAAAAACUUCACUUGAAUUAAUCAAACAUGGUAGAGUUAGACGAGUAACACCAAUGAUAUUUUUUUCAUCAUUAGUAUUAAUUCUAACUGUUUCACCAAGGUAUCUGUUACAAUUCUAUUUAAAUAUUAAAAAUCCUCAUUUACCGUGUAUUCAUUUAUUAAUCCAUUUAUUAAAAACCUUAGAACUCUGUAAUUAUGCAUUUAACGUUUCUAUCAGUAUCAUCGCUGGAAAACAAGCUCGCAAUGAACUAUCAAAAAUGUUACGUAAUAAUUUUAUGAGUCAUCUACCAUGUUUUAUUUUACAAAGACCAAAAUCGAAACAAAAUCAAUAUUAA